CUCAAACGUGCGCGCGCAGCCUGUAACACACACGCCUCGAUUAAACACCUUUUAAAAAGUUUUUAUUUAUUGUAAAAAAGAAACAAAAAAGAACUACAAUUCUCCGGGUAGAAUAUUUGGCCAGUGACAGUGUUUAAAAGUAUACAUUCGAAUUUUCGAAUAGCUGAAUCUUAGUAGUGCUUGCAAAUAGGAUAUCGAUGGUCAAAGUUUAUGAAUGGAGUGUGUUAGGAAGUGACGUCAUGCAUAGUGUUGUGACUGUGUCAGACUUGGUCCGGUGGGCGGGGAUUUGAUGACAAUGCGCGAUCAUUAGAGCAGAAAGAAUGUGGCUAAUGGGCACGGUGACGGUGCUGUGCGCAGUGUCACAACUAUCACGCGCGGAGUGGCGAUGUCCGGGACUGAGCGCGCGUCCGGCGGCCGAGUGUUCCUGCGACUUGCCUCACACGCUGCGCUGCGCUGGAGAUCACACUGCGCUACAGAUAAUCGGCAGACACCUUCGGGAACAGAAAGCAAGAAACAAAAGCAGUGCAGUGUCCUUGCUAGACUGUGCUUUGAGAGGAGUAUCAGCACUGUCUGCAGCAUCAGUGUCAGAAUUGGCUGGGGUCGGUCUACAUGGCCUGGUCAUAUCCUCAGGAGACAUACGACGGGUGCAGUCGGGGGCUUUUAACACUGUUUCCGCUACCCUGUUUGCUUUGGGUUUACCAAAUAACCAAUUACCGUCAGUACCCACUGAGGCUUUGACCAGGCUGAAUAAAUUGGAUCGCUUGGACCUCUCGAAUAACAAGAUUCAUGCGUUGGAUGACAAUUCUUUCAAGGGUUUAGGAAACCUCACCUACUUGGACAUCAGUGAUAACCAGUUGACGAUACUAUCAACGCAGGCGUUCAAACCUCUUGCCAAGUUGACUGUUUUGCGACUACGAGGGAACCUACUUAAAGUUCCAGCUUUGGCUUCUUUAAAGGAAGCCCACAUGCUUAAAGAUUUGGACCUCUCAAGCAACGCCCUUGAAGGGCCUUUGGGGCCCACGACAGUCCCUCCUCUCCCUCACUUAACCACUCUUCAGUUGUCUGACAACACGUUUGCUAGUAUAAGAAGAGGAGCUCUAUCUGGUCUUACCAAUCUGACGCAUCUUAACCUGCACAACAAUCAGAUUGAUGUAUUAGAAGACUACGCCUUCAGACAUCUGAUCAACUUGACGCAUUUGGACUUGUCACAUAACGAGAUCGUUGCUGUUUCGGGCGCGUCACUAGCCCAGCUAAGCUCCCUGUUCCACGUGGACCUCUCGCACAACUUCCUCCGGUCGCUCUCCGCGGAGCCGCUGAAGUCUCUGGGAGGGCUGAGUGAGCUGCUGCUUCAUGACAACGACAUCUCCAUCAUAGACGACGGCGCGCUCGCGCAGCAUAAGGACUUGACCCGGUUCACUGUUGAAGAUAACCCAUUGAAUUGUGACUGCUUGAUGGCUGGUUUUGCCAGAUGGCUGCGCGAAGCCGAAAACCUUUCCCAAGCGGACAAAGCAGCUGCCGUUUGUGCCACACCUCCUCACUUGGAAGGUGCUUUGCUCUCUCGACUCUCGAAGAACAAACUCUGCGACGAUUUCGACCACAUCGACACGAGAAUCGACAAAACAGACGACUUCAACAAAGUCAUGUUGAAUGCGAUAAAUACGGUUGACUCAGAUACAACCAAUACGGAAAGAGAUACCGUUGACAAUGUAGAUUUGUAUGAAGACAAGCAAGACGGAUUAGAUGAUGACCUGUAUGAUGAUGAAAUGGAAGUUCCAUCAGAUGAGGAUUUGCCUAUUUCAAAAGCUAAGGUCCGCCUGAUCGACGCGUGGUACGACGAGGAAGAGGUCCACUUAUCCUGGACACUGGACCCUCCUUCGACUCACCGGUUCAGGUGUACUGGAGUAACGGCCUCCAAAGCUGGAGGUCUGCCGAAACAUGUGGCGUGUCAUCGCGCUGCACCAGCGAAUGUGGUGCUACGAGGCCUGAAGAUUGAUCCGAUGGAGUUGUAUACGUUCUGUAUUGCUCUAGAAGAGAUGGACAACACUGACAAUCCCUUAGCGCUAGUGCUUGGUUGUGGCAAGCCUCAGAUCGUUCGACAACGAGCUACGUUUGCCACCGUGAUACCUGUUGCUGUCACUCUUGCUCCAGAGAUAAACUCUUUAAGGGUUUCAGAAGUCCGGUCAAACGUGACCAGUGAAGGUGUCCUGACAGUCCUUAUAUCUCUCAUGGGUCUACCACCACCACGGCCGCAGUACAUCUUGCCUCGCUCUCAACGUCUUUCUGUGGACUCCAGAUAUUCCGGCAACUGCUAUGUUGUUGUAGCCGUACUUUCUAGAGGAGCUUUAGUAGCCCAGAAAGAUUCUCCAUGUCAAUCCACCCUAGAGAUAUCCAUGGAAGGCUUCAUCCGUGGGCCGUAUGAAGUGUUCACGCGGUGCCAACUGACCCGUGAACUACUGAAAAACAAUUUUCCAAGGACGUUCCUGAGUAAUUGGGUCUGCCUCAUAGAGCAGGAAAGCGAAAGAAAUACAUCGGCAUUUGUCAGCAAGUCUACCAGGAGGAAAUAUUAUGGAUUAUUCCAGAUAGGAAGUGAGUGGUGCAAGGAAGGUCGCAAGGGAGGCAAAUGUGACAUUUCAUGUGAAGCCUUACUGGAUGAAGACAUAAAGGAUGACGCCAGCUGUGCUAUGAAGGUAUUCGAGCUGGAGGGGUUCAAGUACUGGUCGAGAUGGGAGGCGCGUUGCAAAGGAAAGAGCCUACCAGACAUUGAGAAGUAA